GGAUCCGCGCAACCAGCGCCGCGCCACGCCCCCACUCUCCCUCUCUCUCGCUCGGUGGCUGCUGCUGCCUCGUGGUGGGGUGCCUUGCCCUGCUCCCAUCUUCGCAGCGCUACGCAACGCAACGCGAUCAGCAAUUUCGUGCCUGCGCACUCAUCGAGGCAUAACACGCACGCACGCACGCACGCACACACACACACACACACUCUCUCUCUCUCUCUCUCUCUCUCUCUCUCUCAUUCUCUCUCAUCACCACUACCAUCACUCGCUCCCAUUCACUAACACUACCUGCUGCUGCUGCGACACUAUGAUUCGCCAGUGAUGCCGGUCACGGGAUUCCCUCCAGGCUCCAUAGUUACGCCCUACGGCUGCCUGCACGCACUCGCGUUACGCUCGGCUCGUUGGUAGUUUCUGUAGUUUUGUGCGUGUGUGACGCUCCCCUUGCGGUGGCAGCGUAGAAAGUGUGUGUGUGCGCGUGUUUUUUUUUUUUUUUUUUUUUUUUUUUUUUUUUUUGUGUGUGUGUGUGUUUUUGUGGUUCCUGUUCGUGGGUAGUCUCCGUGCCAAGUGCGUCCAGUAGAGGAUUGGGGCAGGGAACGGAGAUGGCUGGGAAGGACGGCGAGCGGAAGGAGGGAGGAGGGGAGUCGAAGAAAGUCCGCAAGGGUAGUGUGCAGAGUUGGGAUAGUAGGGAGAGUAGCGAUGUGUCGGAAUCGGAGGACGAGGGCAGCGACGAGUACAGGCGCGGGGGUUACCACGCCAUCCGCAUUGGGGACUGGUUUCACAAUGGCCGUUACGUGGUGUACCGGAAGCUUGGAUGGGGGCACUUCUCGACCGUUUGGCUCGCUUGGGACACGCUUGAUAAGAAAUAUGUGGCAUUGAAGGUGCAGAAAAGUGCGCAGCAUUACACCGAAGCGGCUCUCGAUGAGAUUACGAUUUUGAAGCAAAUUGCAGACGGCGAUGUCGAGGACCGCAAGGGCGUUGUGAAACUGUUGGACCACUUUAAGCAUACAGGACAGAAUGGAACGCAUGUGUGCAUGGUUUUUGAAUAUUUAGGGGAUAAUCUUCUUACGCUCAUUAAGGCUUACAAUUACAGGGGUAUACCACUUCAGAUGGUGAAGCAAAUUGCAAAGGAGACUUUGGUGGGGCUUGAUUACCUGCACCGUCAGCUCUCCAUCAUUCACACUGACUUGAAACCUGAAAAUAUUCUGCUUCUGUUUCCUUUGGAUCGCUCCAAGGACCCUCGCAAUUCCGACCACGUGCCGUUGGAGAUUCCAGGUCCAGGUGAGAAAUCGCAGACGCUUUCGGGAUUUGAUAAGCCGCUCUCUCCGAAUCUUUCUAAGAAUCAGAAGAAAAAAGCAAAAAGAAAGGCAAAGAAAGCGGGUGGCAAUGGCAAUGAUAGGGAAAGAGAAAACUGUGAUCCAGACCCUCGCGUGUCGAAGUUCGGAAAGGAGGAAUCAGAAAAGGUCGCCUGUGAACCUGCAGAGAUUAUAAAUGCUACAGAGAGGCUGCGUGGUUCAAAGGAGGAAAGCGUUGAUGCCUGUGACGAGGAGCACGAUGUCAAAGGAGACCGUCCUUUGUGUGCGAGUGCUCCUAAACGAGGCCGGAGCUUGCCUCUCACGGAGGACUUAAGUAAGAUGGAAUUGCGAUGUAAAAUAGUGGAUCUAGGGAAUGCUUGCUGGACUUAUAAGCAAUUUACCGCCGACAUUCAAACACGGCAGUACCGAUGUCCAGAAGUUCUUCUGGGUUCGAAGUAUUCGACUCCAGCUGAUAUGUGGUCAUUUGCGUGUAUUAUUUUUGAGCUGGCCACUGGAGAUGUCCUUUUCGAUCCCCGUAGUGGAGAUGACUUCGGCAGGGAUGAGGAUCAUUUAGCGCUAAUGAUGGAAUUGUUGGGUCGCAUGCCUCGCAAGAUCGCCCUAUCAGGAAAGUAUUCUCGCGACUAUUUUAACCGGCACGGAGACCUGCGGCACAUUCGAAGGUUACGGUACUGGCCCUUGGACAACGUGUUAAUAGAAAAGUACGAUUUUUCGGAACAAGAGGCGCAGGAGCUCGCUGAAUUCUUAGUGCCGUUGCUGGAUUUUGUUCCCGAGAAGCGGCCCACCGCUGGUCGAUGCCUGCAGCAUCCGUGGUUGAGUUCAGUGUCUCGUUCGGUCGAUGACGCGAGGGUUGGAGACUGUGAUGCAGUGCAAGAAGGGCUUCGCAACAUUGCAUUGGCUGGUGGUCACACAGAGGCCACUUCCAAUGGCACCAAGUCGAAGAAGCACCUGGUGCGCAACGAAGGUGACAAUGCUGAUGAUCACAGGGCUCAUGAAGGUUCGACUACACCUGAGUGCCAACUUUCUAUCUUAACAUGAAGGUUAGUGAACAGAAUAGGCUGACUAGACUACUGAUGGCCAUGUCAAAAGUGAACUGAAGAUGGUCGAAAAGCCUUUAGGCAGCUCAGCUCUGAAGCUCCCUACACUCUGUGUGGUAUGUUUUUUUUAAUUAAUUUAUUUUUUAUUGUUUUGUACAUGCUCUCUGGUGGAUGGAAAGAGAUCUGAGCAUUUUCUAGGGUUGGGGCAAUUAAAGCAGAUCUCUUUUGUAAAUAUUGGAUGACUGGGGUCAACUUCUUUAAGAACCCACUUCAAAGCUCAAAAUGUAAAUAGCCAACAGUGUAGUAAAUCUGUCAAUUAGUGGGCAGCGAAGGAGGAUUGGACCACAGAAUUAUGUUCCAAAUAUGCCUCAAUCCAGGCGAAUCAUACAUAAAGGACACCGUUACUUAUUAA